AUUUAGUAACAUUACUUCACCAUCAUCUGACUUGCAACAACUUGGGAAUUCUUCUUGGGCUUUAAUUCUAUGUCUAUUAUUUGCAUGGUUUGUUGUUUAUUUAAACACUGUUAAGAAAAAGUUAACAUUAAAAAAAAGAAAGUUUAUUCCUACAGCGUUAAUAGUACUUUUAUUCACUGCAUUAUUUGCUUUCUCAUUUAAACAUAGAGGAAAUAUGAUGGGCAUUGCCAAUUAUUUAAAAUUUGAUAAAGGAAGGCUUGGAGAUCCUCUGUUGUGGAACGAUUCUCUGACUCAAGUAAUGCUUAGUUUAAACAUAGGAAGUGGAUUUAUAGCAUUUUCAUCAAAGCAAAGCAAUAGUCAUGAAAAAAUAAUAAAAACAUCAAUAGGAAUUAUCGCAGUAAACUUUAUUAUAUCUUUCUAUGGAGGCCUGGUAAUAUACUUAUGGUUUGGAGUGUUAGCAAAUGCUAGUCAUAUUACGUUUACAUCAUUGUUAUCUGCAGAUUUCGGUUUUCCAUUCAUUAUUUUAUCUUCUGCUAUAGCUACUUUACCAAUUCCUCCAAUUUGGUCAAUAGCAAUAUUUUUAAUUAUGAGUCUUACCAGUCUGGAUAGAAUUGAAAAAUUACUUUUAACAUUGCUUUCAACUAUUCAUCAAUUAUUUUCGAUAAAUUCCUUUAAAGACCAUAGCAAAAUAUCGAUUUUAAUUAUAUAUGUCCUGUUAUUUUGUAGCGGAAUUCUCUUUACGUAUGGGAUAGGAUAUCAUAUAUUGUUUAUAUUAGAUUGUUGGGUUCUUGGUUACACUGCACUUUUACUUUCAGUGUUACAGAUUGCUUGUAUAUACUGGUUAUAUGGAUUUAGAAUUUACUUUGAAGAAUUGUACAAAAUAUUAAAAGAAAAAAUGGAACUUAAAAUAUUCAAAAUGUUUUGGUGUGUUAUCACUCCAGUCAUAUCAAUAGCUUUAUUGAUAUUUACAUGCACAAAUAGUAAUUUACCUAAUUUGGGAAAAUUUUAUUAUGGAAGAACAGCACAAAUUGUUGGUUGGUGUUUAGUUAUGUUGAUACUCAGUCCAUGUUUUAUCUAUUUGUCUUAUAUGAUUUCAAAAUUUAUUUGGAUUUUAAAACAUUCUAAACGGGAACUCACAGAAGUUAAUACAGUUUCUGGUAAUGUUCGAAACUCUAUAACAAAUUUUGUAUUUGAACAACAAACUCAACAAGAAUCAAAUGAAUCUCCUCUAACAUAUCAUGUAUUAUUAAUAAAAUCUGAGAAGAAAGACUCAUCUUUAAAUAUUCCUUAUGGUUUUCUUUUAUCACCAUCUAAGCACAAAAUUAUUAGUAAAAAAUUUCCUAAUUUAUUAAAUUAUCCUGAGAUUAUAGUGAAUUCCGUAUCAGCAUCAGAACCUUCUACUUCAGAUUUUUAUUCUAUUUCUCAAUCAACAUCUCAUAAUGGCUCAUUGAAUUAUACUUCAAAUAGCAUUAAAAGGCACUCAGAAGGUGAAAUUAAUUACCAUAAAAUUCGAAGACACAGUGAUUAUAGUCUGAUGAAUCAUAAUGCUAAAGGAGUAGUGAAUGAAGCAUAUUGUUCUGAAGAUUGAAUUAUGAGAAUUUUCUUCAGUUAUGAAAGUCAUUAAAGCAUCUUCGUGAAAAAAGAAUCUCAUUACGAAUUGUAUAUACUGUACUUUUCACAAACUAGAAACUGUACAACGAUUAAUGUGUUAUAAAUAUUUAAUAAUCAUCGUUACUAACACUCCAAGUGUUUUAUCAAUCUGUUGAUACUCAUUACGUUUUAAAAUUUUAUUUAAAAAUAAAAAUUUUGUUAUAUUUA